CUUUUAAUGCCCGCUUUGAGCGUAGAACCUGAUUCUGACAAGGUAGCUGCAGCGAGUUGGACCUUCCGACGACCACUUUAGAGCAGGACAACCGAGGCUAAGUUCAUUCAUAUACUUUGAGAGUUUGAAGUAGCGGCCAUGUCGGGCCGAGGCCGAGGCGGAGGUGGAGGCUAUGGCGGAGGCUACGGCGGAGGCGGGGGAGGCUCCCGCGGCGGCGGCGGCGGCGGUGGGAGCGGUGGCGGCGACCGAGGAUACGGCGGUGGCGGCGGCGGCCGCGGAGGUGGCGGCUAUGGUGGCGGCAGCGCUGGCGGCGGUGGCUACGGUGGCGGCGGCGGUCGGGGCGGCGGAGGCGGCGGAGGCGGCUAUGGUGGAGGCGGCGGCGGCCGCGGAGGCGGUGGCGGCGGCGGCGGCGUGGUGAGCCCGCAGCAGGCGGCGGCGACGCUGGACGUGGUCCUCAAGUCGGCCCGGACCCUGACCGCCAAAGUCAACGUGGAGACGACGCCCGACGGCCGGCCGCUGGGCAUCACGCGCCGCCCCAACGCCGGCACCGUUGGCAAGGCGGUGGCGCUGCUGGCCAAUUACUUCGCACUGGCCACCACACCCGCCUUCCCGGGGCAGGCCUACCACUACGAUGUGGAGAUACGCUCCGUUGAAGAGGCGGCAGGAGGAGGAGGAGGCGGCGGCCGUGGCGGCGGCCGUGGCGGCGGCGGCGGCGGCGGCGGCGGGCGCGGGGGCCGGCGUGACCUGGCGCCUGCUAGUGCUACUGGCGACGUGCCGGGUGGCGCCGCCGCCGCCGCCGCCGCUGAGGACCUGCCGCCGCGGCUGGCGCACCGCGUGAUGGCGGCGGCGGCGGCGGCGCACGGCUGGCCGGCGGGGGCGUGGCGGUUUGAUGGGCGGAAGAACCUGUUCCUGCCGGGGGAGCUGCUGCCGCGCGAGGUGCGGGAGUGGCCUGUGACGCUCAAGCCGCGCGAGGGCGACAAGAGCGAGCGCGACAAGGGCUUCGUGGUGGCUACCAAGUGGGCGGCGUGUGUGGGGCUGACGCAGCUGCAGGACUACCUGGCGCAGAGGCAGCAGACGGCGCCGCGCGACGCCAUGCAGGUGCUGGACAUUGUGAUCCGGCACGCCUUCCCAAUCAACCCGCGCUGCACCGGGGGGGGCCGCGGUUUCUACUACGGCGGGAAGGGGGUGCUGGACAUUGUGAUCCGGCACGCCUUCGCGAUCGACCCGCGCUGCACCGUGGUGGGCCGCGGCUUCUACUACGGCGGGGAGGGGGUGAUGCCGCUGGGGGGCGGCGCAGAGGUGUGGAGUGGAUUCCAGCAGUCCUUCAAGGCGGUCCAGGCCGGCCUCAUGCUCAACCUGGACUCCUCCUUCGCAGCCUUCAUGUCCGCCCGCCCGCUGCCCGAGCUGCUGGCGGAGGGCGCGGGCGUGCGCGGCGGCCCGGCGCAACUGGCGGCGGCCGACCCACGCCGGCUGAGGGCGGCUGCCAGGUCGCUGGUGGGGUUCAAGGUGGAGUUCCCCAUGCCCGGCGGCCGCGCUCGGCGCAAGAUGCUGACGGGGCUGAGCGAGCAGGGAGCAGACCGCACCAUGUUCAUGAACGAGAAGGAGGGGCGUGAGAUGUCAGUGGCCGAGUACUUCCGCUCCACUGGCCGCCCGCUGCGCCACCCCGGCCUGCCCUGCGCCAACGUGGGCGACCGCCGCCGCGCAGUCUACAUUCCGCUGGAGCUGUGCACUGUGGUUGCUGGCCAGCGGCGCAUGAAGCUGGACGCCACGCAGUCGGCCGGCAUGAUCACCGCCGCCAAACAGGAUCCGGCGGUGAAGGCCGAGGCAUGCAACAAGCAGGCCAAGCGGGUGGCCGAGGCUCUGGCUGCGGGCGGCACUGAGCGGUCCUGGGGCCUGAAGCUGGGCACCGGCAUGCUGCCGGUGCAGGGGCGCGUGCUGCCCAACCCCGUGCUGCAGUACGGCAACCGACAGGACUUCGACGCGGGGCCGCUGGGCAGCUGGAACACCCUCAAUGUCAAGUUUGUGGACGCACGCGCACUGGACUCGUGGGCCGUGGCCGUCAUGAUGAACCAGGCGGACGUGGACUUUGACGGCGACAACAGCAUCUGGAAAUUCCUGGAGGACCUCUGCUCGGCCAUGAUCACCCGCGGCAUGCGCGUGGCCAGCCCCGUGACCCGGGGCUCCAACGACAGCCCGCCAGUGGAGUACGGCGGCGCGGCGGCGGGCGGCGGCGCAGCAGGCCGCGGCGGCGGGGCCCGCGGCGUCGAGGCGACCCUGCGCGCGGCGGCAGACGCGGCGGCGGCGCGGUACAAGAAGCCGGCGCAGCUGGUGCUGGUGGUGCUGCCGGUCAAGCCCUCGGACGAGUACCGGGAGGUGAAGCGCGUGUCGGACAUCGAGUUGGGCAUACCCAGCCAGGUGGUGGUGGGGGGCAAGGCGCGUGUGGGCUACCGCGAGCAGAGGGGCGGCGGCCCGCAGUACUGCGCCAACGUGGCCAUGAAGAUUAACAACAAGCUGGGCGGGGUCAACGUGCAGCUCAGCGGCGGACUGCGCUACAUGCCCGUGCUGGGCGGCGCGGGCUCCGUGCCCUUCAUGGUGUUGGGCGCCGACGUGACGCACCCCACCGGCGCCGCCGCGCGCGCCGACAGCCGCGACCCCUCCGUGGCGGCUGUGGUGGGCAGCCUGGACGCCAGCCUGGGCCGCUGGGCCAGCCGCGUGCUGCUGCAGGCGGGGCGCCAGGAGGUGAUCACGGGCAUGUGCGGCGCCACAAAGGAGCUGCUGCUGGAGUUCUACAGGGCAAACAAGCAGGUCAAGCCGCAGCGGCUGGUCAUGUACCGCGACGGCGUGUCGGAGGGCCAGUUCGAGCAGGUCCUAGCGGAGGAGUUCACGGCCCUGCGCCGCGCCUGCCGCGAGCUGGAGGAGGGCUACCGGCCCGCCAUCACCUUCGUGGUGGUGCAGAAGCGCCACAACACCCGCCUGCUGCCCAACGACCGCGCGUCGGCCGACCCCAAGGGCAACGUGGUCCCCGGCACGGUGGUGGACAGUGGCAUCACCGCCCCGGACGGCUUCGACUUCUACCUCAACAGCCACUCCGGACUGCAGGGCACCAACAAGCCCGCCCACUACCACGUGCUGGUGGACGAGAUCGGGUUCGGCGCCGACGGCAUGCAGCUGCUCACCUACUGGCUGUGCUACCUCUACCAGCGCACCACCAAGUCGGUCAGCUACUGCCCGGCCGCCUACUACGCCGACCGCGCCGCCUUCAGGGGCCGCACACUGCUGGCCGCCUCCUCCUCCGCCUCUGACAGCGCCUCCGAGUCCGGCAGCCGAGCCGGCCGCGGCGCGGGCGCGGCUGAGGGCGGCGCCAGCGCCCCGCCCACCUUCGCCGGCAUCCACCGCAACCUGUCCAACGUGCUGUACUUCAUGUAGAGAGAGCGCUGUGGAGCAGCAGGGCGGCUGGGGGCGGAGGGGCACAGGCCGACAGGCGGCAGGGGGGAUGGAGGAGCACAGGCGGCAGGGUGGAUGGAGGAGCACAGGCGGCAGGUGGGGAUGGAGGAGCACGCAGUAGCUGGCGUGUGGGCAGUAGCAGCUGCGCGGGUGGUGGAGAGAGCUGCGAGCUGGAGGAGAGAGCUUGGUUGUUCGGAGCGGGGAGGAGCUGGCUCGGAGGUCUCCGUAUGGAAGGGGCAGGGGCGGCAAUUUGGGUCCGGUCCGUGAGGGCUAUUGUAAUGGCACUUGGCUGAAUGGCUGAUGCGCAAGUGUACAGUAUUGUGUUUUGGCGGUGUGAAUUUUGCUGCGCGGGUGGAGGAGGAGGUUCAACAGGCGGAGGGAAGGGACUGCGUAGAUACGCACAGGCGCACAGGAACAAGGAAAGUCACAGGCCACGUAUCAGGAUGUGUUCGGAUGUCCGGAUCAGGACACGUGUUGCGACGCUUGGCGUCGUGCACGGGACUGUCUGACAGACUGUAGACAGUGGGCUGGCGUACGGUUGAACAUGGGGGCGGCAAUGUUGUUGAGUUGUUGGUGCACCGUUUCGGCGCACUGCUGCUGGGUGGAUGGUGUGGCUGGUUGGCAGCGUGGGAGGCGCGAGCGAGGGACGCGCAUCAUCAUCACCUGAUGCGCAUGCAUGCCUCCGUGGCAUUGGCCAAAUGGAGGGAGGUGCCACCACAGGCGGGCGGAAGUGGCCGCGAUGCAAGUUUUGUUGCUUAAGGCAGGGGCCAGCCGAGGUCAUGAGGUUUAUCUGAGACGACGGGCGGACGGGUCUGGAGGGGGCUGGGCUAGAGGAUGCCAGGGGCCACAUUCGCCACAGCAGCAGGUGGGGUGCGGGGAGCGAAGGCAGUUGCCCGGUUGCAGUCGAGUCAGGGACGGAGUUGCAAACCUCCAAAUCUCUUC